AUGACUUAUGCUUUGUCAAUUGAAGAAAAUGAAGUUUAUCUGCCUAAUGAUGAGCUCUGGAUCUAUGAAAUGGAUAGCGGGUUAUGGACAAUGCACCUAAUGGAAGGAGAGUUACCUACCUCCAUGUCAGGAAGCUGUGGGGCCAGCAUUAAUGGGAAGCUGUACAUUUUUGGUGGAUUUGAUGAUAAAGGAUACAGUAAUCGGCUGUAUUAUGUUAAUUUGCGAACAAAAAAUGGAACCUAUAGGUGGAAAAAAAUUACAAAUUUUAAAGGUCAACCUCCUACACCACGUGACAAGCUUUCCUGCUGGGUGUAUAAGGACAGGCUAAUAUAUUUUGGUGGCUAUGGCUGUAGGAAGCAUAAUGAACUGAGUGAUUGUUUUGAUGUCCAUGAUGCAUUUUGGGAAGGACAGAUAUUCUGGGGAUGGCAUAACGAUGUUCAUGUUUUUGAUACAACCACACAAACUUGGUCUCAACCAGCAAUUAGAGGUGGAGAUCCACCUCAGCCUCGAGCAGCUCAUACAUGUGCUGUGCUGGGAAAUAAAGGUUACAUCUUUGGAGGACGAGUGCUGCAAACUAGAAUGAAUGAUUUGCACUGCCUGAAUUUAGACACUUGGACUUGGUCUGGAAGAAUUAGUAUCAGUGGAGAGAAACCAAAAGAUCGAUCCUGGCACACGUUGACUCCGAUAGGAGAUGACAGACUCUUUCUUUUUGGUGGACUAAGUUCUGAUAAUGUCCCUUUAAGUGAUGGCUGGAUUCACAGCAUUACAACAAAUGGAUGGAAACAACUUACCCAUUUGCCUAAGAGUAGGCCUAGAUUGUGGCAUACAGCCUGCCUUGGAAAGGAAGGAGAAGUGAUGGUGUUUGGUGGAAGCAAAGAUGACUUGCAUUUCAUGGACACAGGUCACUGCAGUGACUUGUUGAUAUUUCAGACCCAACCUUAUUCGCUCCUCAGGUUGUGUCUUGACUGCAUUGGUAAAAAUGCAGCUCUCCUAAAGAAUCAAAUACCAUGCUUGCCAUCGAAACUUUUGCAGCAAGUGCUGAAAAAAAUAACCUUCUGGGCUGCAGUUAACCACCGGCAAGAGAAGAAAGCUGAAACGGAAAGACAAAGUCAACUAAAUACCACAUGAACAAUGGC